AUGCUCGACCGCCGUCUUGACGAUGACGUGAGUGUCGUUGCCUGUAGCUUUUGUUUAUCUGUUCGUUUUGAUUUUCUUUUUCAUCGAAGUGUCUUGUUGGAUGAUCUGCUAAAGCUCUCUGGAUACGACACAGUCAACCCUUCCAUAAUGGCGGACUCACAGAGCCCCGAGGCUCGCGAGUUGACCCUGAUAGGCAAGGUGGAAUUCAGAAUUGCCAUGGCAGACACAGAUGAGAAGCUGCAGACGUUACUAGGUACCUAUUUGGCACCCUUGUUGCUGAAAUUGAGCUCUGAAAGCGUGGAUGUGCGCAACAAAAUCAUCUCGGUCUGCCAGCAUGUCAACACCCGAGUCAAAAACCCCUCUAUUCAGCUCCCCGUCGCAGCUCUGCUGAAGCAAUUCAAAGAGCAAAAAUCCCAACUUGUCAGACACUUCGAUCUCAUCUAUGCCCAACAAGGCAUCGAUCGUCUUGGUUCAGAGGCUAGAGUCGACAUCCUGCUCCCUUUGCUCCAGGGCAUCUCACAAAUUGGGACCUCGCCCACUCAAGGUGCCAUUGUGUUCAACCUGGUCUUGCGCUUGUUGCCGCUUCUGAAAAUCCCAUCGAAGGGCAGCGAGGAAGACCGAGCCCUUAAAGAUCGCCUUGGUAUGUCGGAUGAGGAUUCUCAGUUCUUGUCCUUCUGGUUGGCUAAAUUGCUGCUUCUUACCCCCGGCCCAAAGGAGACUACAACAUGCCCUGGUCUCUCACCCGACGAAUAUACAUUCUUGAAUAAGGGCCUUCCUGCAAAUGAGACAUGGAACCCCUCCGCAGAUGGCGGUUUGAACUUGACCGAAACAAAGGUCACCGCUCUCCGAUUCAUCGGCAGUGGUGCCUUUGAAGAUCCCCAACGCUUCCUACCUUCCUUAAUUGCAUCCGCCGAUGCCAACUCCCGGCUCGCUGAUCUGGGAGAUGAGACUCUCAAGCGAUUUACAGCGGACAUUGAGAACCCCGAUGUUGUCCAAGAGCUCUACGAUAUGUAUUUUGGUACUCCUGGAGCGCCGCCCGCCCGACCACCCCUCCAAGUGAAGCUUCUAGUUUUCCUCGGCAAAUCUGUCAAAGCGACUUCAGAUCCACGUAGGAUCAUGAAACUCGUUGAGGAGGGACUUCUGUCUGAUUCUGCGAGGUCCGCACAAGGGUUACAAGCAUCGAAAUUGCGGACUCAAAUAUUCACAUUCACUACUUGGGUGGUCCGUAUGGGCGCACCAUCCGACCUCAAGGAAAUCGCACCCAAGCUCAUCGCGGGCUUGAAGGACUUCAUCCAGUCGCAGCAAUGGCCUAGCCCAGCAGCCAGCGGGCAAAAGCUGCCUACAACAGAUCUUAGCCUGCGAGGUCUUGCCUACGAAAGCAUAGGUAUCAUGGUACCCAAGGUCGACUUCUCUUUGGAAUCCGAUGAAGAAAAUUUCGAGUUCAAUCUUGUCCGAUGGCUCUUUGCGUCUUUGAGCGCGGACGACUCGAGCUCGGAGAUUUUUGUCAGCAUCGACCAGGCGUUGGGAAGUAUUCUCAAUUCGUCACUGGACAGCCACGACGAAACUUUCCAGAACCAGUUGCGACCAUUCCUUGUUCGCCAAAUGAGCAUGCAACCCGGGGAUGUUGACCCGGAUACUGGAUAUCGCGCCGUUCGAGGGGUUCAGUAUGCUGCAGUGCGGUUUGCUAAUCGUUUCCUUCCGUUCUCCGAUGUCGUAGCUCGCUGGAUUGACCUUAUGGCCAUUGCAAGAGGCCCAGAGAGACAGCAAGAAAUUGUCGAGGAAGGCAAGAAGGGUCUUCACCCAUACUGGUACCGACUCCUCAACCCAGCCAAAGAUGGGAAAUGGUCCGCAUCGGCAGAAGCGCCAAAACAAGAUGGAUCUUGGUUUGAUUUCCCAAAUUUCGAUGAGGCUACUCAAUUCCUGCUUGGGGCGGGUGGCCAAGAGGAACAUAUGAAUGUUCAGGCUAUGUCUGCAUCACAGCUUUUAUCCGGCCCCUACAAAGGUUCCUUUGUUCCCACCGUCUCAUUCCUUCGCAAUACCUUGCUGUGGGAAGCUUUCUCUGCCGCGGGGAUUGCGGCUGAAUUAGAACAGGAUUGGGACUAUAAGCUAGAAGUGCUUCUUUCUACAAGCCCAGAAGCCCGAGCUGCGGUGAGACAGUACAUCCAGAAGCAUGCAAAGCAGUCUGUGAUGACACUUCUGUCUGGUACUCUCCAAGGCCUCGUAACGGGCGCCCCCGGAGGUCUGCGCCAAUGUGGUACUCAUUUUGUUGAAAUCUGCUCACUAGCCCCAAAUGAUGUGGUCGAGGAAUUGAUUUCGCGCGCGAGUUCUUUGAUGGAGCCUAUCUGCAGCAACAAUCAGGACAACCAGGGUGUCACAGCGCGUGCCUUUGGUAUCCUGGUGUCGCAUCCUGCCUUCCCGGAAGAACAGUUGAGAAGUUUCACGGCCCAAUUGAGCAGUGCUAUUCAAUCAUGGAAUACUGCCGUUGGCUCAGAGGUGAUGCGAGUUCGUGGCGCAAUCUUGGCACUCUCGUAUUUGCUAAGUAGACUUGCGUACCGAGGAAUCUUGAACAGGAUUCCAGCGGAGCAGGUCAAGCAGUUCGUUGAGAAUGUUUUCGACAUCUUAGAUGCAUCUCGGGAUACCCUUCUUCAGAGAACCGCGCAAGAGACCAUUGGUCAGCUGAGUGUAUCUGGAGUACUAUCUCUAGACAUUCUUUCCGACGAAGGCUGGAAAAAGAUCCAAGACAAACUCUCUCGCGACGCCAAGACCGAGAACCAAGUCCCCAUCAGCUCCCUCGGUCUGCUGACCUUGACAUUUUCCAGAGCUGGCUCAGAGAAUACUUUGUUCAACGCCUUCCUCGAGUCCGUUUACAGUCUGCAUGAGAUUCGGAGCCCUGAGGUUCAAUUCACCGUGGGCGAGGCCUUGAGCAAUGUCGCCACUGGAUGGGAUUCUCGCGCCCUCAUCCAGGACUUCGACAUCGAUGCCGAGUUCCCUCACUCCGAUGUCCCUCGCGCUGUAUUUGUGCAAAUCUGCGACAAGAUCAUUGCUGACUGCAUCGCGCCCAAGCCAUCUCUUCGGAAGGCGUCUGCAAUCUGGCUCUUGUCACUGGUCAAGAAUUGUGGCCACAUGCAGGAAAUGCAGGAACGAUUGCGCAAAUGCCAAGCGACUUUCAGCAGCCUGCUUGGGAAUCGGGACGAGGUGGUGCAGGAAACCGGUGCGCACGGACUCAGCCUUGUAUAUGAGAUUGGCGACCAAUCCCUGAAGGAUGAUCUGGUCCGAGACUUGGUUGAUUCAUUUACUGCGACUGGCCCUAAUCUCGGCGGUGGCAAGGUCGAUGCUGACACCCAGCUAUUUGAACCCGGCGCCCUGCCCACUGGCGAAGGAAACUCGGUCAACACUUAUAAGGACAUUAUGAACCUGGCUGCUGAGGCUGGUGACCCGACUUUGGUUUACAGAUUCAUGUCACUAGCCUCGAACAAUGCCAUAUGGACCAACCGUGCUGCCUUUGGCCGAUUUGGAAUCAGCACCAUCUUCUCUGACUCGAGUGUUGAUGGCUACUUGGCGAAGAACCCCAAGAUUUACCCCAAGCUGUUCCGCUACAGAUUUGACCCCAAUCCUAAUGUGCAGCGAUCCAUGAACACGAUCUGGCAAGCCUUGGUCAAGGACCCUACUGUUGUUAUUGACACUCAUUUCGAUGACAUUAUGCAAGAUCUCCUGAAAAGCAUUCUCGCUGGUCGUGAAUGGCGUGUUCGGCAAGCAAGCUGCGCUGCGGUGGCAGACCUCAUCCAAGGCCGCCGUCCGGAGAAGUUCACCCACUACCUUGACGAAGUCUAUAGCAAGGCGUUCAAGCUACUGGACGAUAUCAAAGAGUCCGUCCGAACUGCCGCACUCAAGCUCUGCCAAACCAUCACCAACUCCGUGAUUCGCACACUUGAGACAAGUGGAACAGAAAAGCGAGCAGCUACACUUCUCAAAAGUGCUAUUCCAUUCCUGUUGAGUGAUAAAGGACUAGACGCUAGCGCUGAGGAGGUACAAACCUAUGCGAUCGGUGCGCUCAUCUCAAUGAUCAAGAAAAGCCCCGGCAGCUUACUGCGCCCGCAUGUCCCCAACAUGCUGGAAAAGUUCCUGAGCGCCCUUAGUUCUUUGGAACCCCAAGCUGUCAAUUAUGUUCAUCUCAAUGCCGACAAAUACGGUCUGACCGGUCAAGACAUUGACAAGAUGCGCUUGUCCAGCAUCCGCACGUCCCCCAUGAUGGAGGUGAUUGAGAGAUAUUUGAUCGACAAUCUGGAUGAAAGUAAUCUCGAUGAGCUGGCACAGAGACUCGAAGAUGUGCUGCGGUCGGCGGUCGGCCUGCCAUCCAAGGUCGGCUGCAGUCGUGUCUUGGUUCUCCUUAGCAUGAAGACGUUGAUGUUCCGGCCUUAUGCCGACCGAUUUAUCCAAAUCCUGAUCAAGUAUGUGGUCGACCGAAACGAGACCGUCAGCGCAUCCUACUGCUCAUCCAUAGGCUACCUCUUGCGGCUCGCUUCCGACGACCGCGUCCUCAAGACCCUUGAGUUCGCGAAAAAUCUCUACCUCACAGCUGAGGACGCAGCGCCUCGAGUCAUUUCCGGAGAAAUUCUCUACUCAGCCUCCAAGCUGUCCAAUGACCGAUUCGUGGCAUUUGCAGCGAGCGCAAUGCCAUUCGUUUUUGUGUGCAAGCAUGAUGGCGACGAGCAUGUGAAAGACCAAUUCGAGAAAACUUGGCAGGACAACGUUGGUGGCUCACGCGCUGUGUCGCUCUACAUUCGUGAGAUUGUCGGCCUUGUUUCGGACAAUUUGGACUCUCCCCGGUGGGCUAUCAAACAUACGGCCGCACGGGCGAUAGCGCAGGCCGUGCUGUCACUUGACACGGAGAUUGAUCUGACGACCACACAAUUGGUUUGGCCUGUGCUGGAGCGCGCGCUGGCGGGAAAGACCUGGGAGGGUAAAGAGGUGGUACUAAAGGCGCUAGUGAAAUUUAGCAGCCAGGCAAAGAAAUGGCAGGCUAACAAGGAAAAUGCCCUCAAGACGAUUACGGUUCGCGAAGCGAAGCGAGCUAACGUUUUGUACCGGCCGCACGGAUUACGGGCUAUGGGUGAGAUCGCACAGGCACGCAAAGAUUUGAAUUUUAUGCCUGAUGCGCUGAAUAUCAUUCCUUCCGUGGUGGAAGAAAUGUGCGAGGAGGAUCAAAUGGAGGUAGAGUCUAAACAUGGCUCGAUCCAGGAUGAUACCCUUGCAGCGUGUAUACAAUGCCUCCUGCAAUGUUUCAAGCCCGAUUCAGAAAAAGCGUCGGGAGAGUACGUGGAACAGGUGACCGGUCUCCUGGACCAGGUCCUCCAACACGGUGGACGACAGGUCGUCAGCACGGGCUACGAAGAGCUCCGAGCGUUUUUCACUCGAGUGGAUCAGUGGAUCUCGGAUGCCUCCGGUGAGCGACAGGCUGUCCCCGUGAACUCUCUCUCCAAACUUCUCGUACGGGAACUGGAUGGAUCUGUCGAGGCCAUCCGCAAGGGUCGUGCAGAAGCUAUUCUGGCAUACCUGAAACUCCAGCCGGCGCCCGAUGCACUGGUUGUCAGUCUUCGGGAAUGGAGAGCCAGCGAGCGCUCUGGAACGGUGCAACGGCUCCUCGACGAAGCCCUAAACCACGUGGCGUGA